AUGGCCAAUUCGGGAACUGCCCUGCGAUGGAAAAUUGGGGACGAAGAGGCAGUGGAUGAAAUUUCAGUGGAGAGAAAAGACAAUGAAUACGAUAAAGGCAAGGAAAAGAGGCUUCGUCGGCACUCAAGCUCGAGGACGAUUGAUCCGAAAUCUGCCAUUCCUAUUGAAUAUCGGAGCCUUUCGUUCGAGAUUGAGGAUGAAGGAGAGAGAAACAGGCGAUUUAAACGCCAGGCGGAGAAUGAUAAAAUGGUCGAAGAAUGGCGCAAUAUUGAGUGGCACACUUUAUCUGCGGAAGAAAUUCAAAAGCGCCUCGAUGUAGAUGCAUCGCUUGGAAUCUCGAGCAGCUCUGCUAAAGAGCGUCUUCAGAAAUAUGGCGCAAACAAAAUCUCUCCGCUCCCAAAUCCUUGGUUCUGGAGGAUUCUUGGCUACUUCUUCAAAGGAUUCGGCUCGAUUCUUAUGAUCGGUGGCAUUUUGGUCUUCGUCUCGUGGAAGCCACUGGGUGACCCACCAGCGAUUGCCAACUUGGCUCUUGGUAUUGUUCUCAUUGCAGUGUUUUUCAUCCAAGCCGCUUUCAACGCGUGGCAGGACUUUUCUUCCUCUCGAGUGAUGGCCUCGAUUACUGCAAUGCUUCCUGAGUCAUGCAUUGUUCUUCGCGGUGGCUCGCGCGUGGAGAUCUCGGCUACUGAUCUUGUUCCGGGAGAUGUGUUGAUCAUCAAGGCUGGUAACAAGAUCCCAGCAGAUAUUCGGUUUAUUGAAGUUUCGCAUGAUCUGAGUAUCAACAGAUCAGUCAUCACCGGAGAGUCGAAUCCAAUCAAGGGUAGUACCGAAAGUACCUCUGACAAUUAUCUUGAGACAAGAUGCAUUGGACUUCAGGGAACCCAUUGUGCCGCUGGAAAUGCACUCGGUAUUGUGGUUGCUGUUGGCGACUCCACGAUUUUCGGUCGAAUCGCGAAGCUGGCAGGUGAACCAAAGACUGGUCUAACAACAAUUGAAAAGGAAGUUUUUCGCUUUGUGGCUCUGAUCUUUAUUAUCAUGGUCACUUGGAUCAUUGUUCUGGCUGCUGUCUGGGGCGGCUGGCUUCAUAAAGUCCAUCCCGACUAUAUCAAUGUGCCGACACUGAUCGUGGACUGUGUGAGCGUGGCCAUCGCGUAUAUCCCCGAAGGUCUCCCCAUCGCCGUCACAGCCAGUUUGACCAUCACUGCAAAUAUCAUGAAGAAGAACAAGGUUCUGUGCAAAUCACUCAAGACUGUUGAGACUUUAGGUUCUGUUACAGUUAUCUGCACCGACAAAACAGGUACACUGACCAGGAAUCGCAUGGCUGUUACCGAUUAUGCCGUGCACGUAACGAAAUCUAUUCUUGAUUCAACAGGCGAACACACAGCGUCCAAACUGAAUGAUCUUGUUCUUCGACAAGUUCAAGCCGUCACCGGUCUUUGCAAUGCGGGCGAAUUUGAUACUGAAUCGGCGAAUUCUCCACUUAGCGAGAGGCGCAUCUUCGGUGAUGCCACUGAUCAAGCCAUUCUGAGAUUUUCUGAGAGCCUGGGAUCGGUGGCUGAGCUUCGCAGAUCCUGGCAAACACUUUUCACCCUUGGAUUUGACAGCAAGAAUAAAUUCAUGAUCAAGGUGAUUAAAGCGGCCAGCCCAGAGGCCCCCAGCCUCUUUCUCUCGCCUGAUGAGGCUGGGAAAUUUGGUCCUAGUGACGUGCUUUUUACCAUCAAAGGAGCUCCCGAUAUUUUGAUUGAGCGGUGUUCACAAGUUCUUCGUCCAGAUGGCGAAGUCAAAUCUUUGACGCAGGCUGAUCUUGCCGCCUUAAAGCGCCUGAAGGAUGAAUGGUCCUCUCAAGGCAAGAGGCUCGCAAGUCCUAGCUCUGUCGAAUUUGAGACUCAAAUGCUUCAUGAAGCUAGAACAGGUCUUACCCUGGUCGGAAUGGUUGGCUUGAUUGAUCCGCCACGAUCUGAGAUUCCAGAGGUCUUUCGGGUGCUCCGGCAGGCACAGAUCCGGGCUUUCAUGGUUACUGGCGACUUCGGACUCACGGCCCUUGCUAUUGCCCGCAAAUGCAAUAUUGUCACCAGCGAUUUCGUCCACGAUGUAUCCUCUCUUUCUAAAUCUCCUGUCUCAGAUGAGAAAGAAGGAUUGAUCUGCCAAUCUGCCUUGUCAAUCAGUGGACCAGAGUUGAUGACUCUCAACGAUCAUCAAUGGGACCAACUGUGCAAGUAUCCUGAGAUUGUCUUCUCUCGUACCACCCCCAAUCAAAAGUUGCGGAUUGUGCGUGAACUUCAGGCAAGGGAAGAGAUCGUCGGAAUGACAGGAGACGGUGUUAAUGAUGCCCCCGCCCUUAAAGCAGCUGAUAUUGGAAUCAGUCUCGCCAGCGGCUCAGAUAUUGCUAUCGAGGCUGCCGAUAUGGUGCUGCUGGAUUCGUUUGCUGCGAUUGUUGAAGCCGUACGCUAUGGGCGUGUGGUUUUCGAUAACCUAAAAAAGACAGUUGCCUAUCUUCUACCGGCUGGCUCAUGGUCUGAGUUCUGGCCUGUGUUCUGCAAUCUGGUUUUCGGAAUUCCCCAAAUUCUUUCUUCCUUUCUCAUGAUCAUCAUCUGUUGUUUCACGGACUGUGCCGCAGCUGUAGCUUUGGCAUAUGAGACCCCAGAAGCAGAUGUUCUGUUCCGACCCCCACGCCAUCCAAAAAAGACACGACUCGUCAACUGGAAAUUAAUGUUUCAUGCAUAUGCUUUUAUCGGCAUGAUUGAGACAGCUUUAUCGUUCACCAUGGCAUUCUGGUACCUGGAACGGAAUGGAAUCCAUUUCUCAGAUCUUUGGUUCAAGUUCGGAGAAUUGCCUCCAGGCGUGACAGAGGACUAUUAUACGGCCAAGGUCAAUGAAGCGAGUUCAAUAUACUUCAUCAAUCUCGUGGUCAUGCAAUGGUUCAACCUAAUGGCAGUCCGAACACGUCAUCUGUCAAUAUUUCAACAUCCUCCAGCAUUCAAUAAGCAGACACAAAACCUGUACUUAUUCCCUGCGAUUGCAUUUGCACUGGGAAUCUCGGUCAUCUGGCUGUAUGUUCCUAGCUUACAGGUCGUUCUGGAUACUUCGGGUAUUCCCGCCGAGCAUUAUUUCCUCCCAGCUGCGCUCGGCAUCGGGCUCUUGUGUCUAGAUGAAGGGCGAAAGGCUGCUGUUCGUCGUUGGCCUAAUGGAGUUCUAGCGAAGAUGGCUUGGUAA